AUGACCAAGCCUCCUGAGAUCCUACCUUCGUCAAUACCCGUUCCCGCUGGACUUGUGCAAACGUCCGCGUACGCUUGGUUCUACCUCCGGACACUGUUCGAGAAAGUUCCCGGGACGCGGUAUAUCGUUUCGUACGUGAAGAAAUCGCAUCAAGACGAUCCGUACAGAACCAUGGUUGAAAUCGUGCUUAUCAUCUACGGGAUCGUGUAUUUCUUGGGUAAGCCGCGCAAGAAGGGCGUGGUGGUGCCCGGAAGCGGACUUUCCGCGCGAGAGGUCGAGGCGCUGCUCGAGGAGUGGGAGCCGGAACCGCUUGUGGAGCGCGUGCCCGACGACCAGAAGUGGCGGUUAAACGCACUGCCUCGUGUCGUAGGAGGCGGAAUUGUCAACCAGGUGAGGCUCGCACGAGGCGCUACGGGCAACACAAGCGACGAAAAUGGUGCCGAUCACGUGACCUUCAAUUGCGCGUCCCACAACGCAUUGCAAUUGACGCAGCAUCCCGAGGUCGUCGCAGUCGCAGAGGAGACUAUUCGUCGUUACGGUGUUGGCGCGUGUGGACCGGCUGGAUUCUACGGGAACCAGGAUGUGCAUUCGCGACUCGAGUAUGAUAUGGCGAGGUUUUUCGGUACGGAAUCGGCCGUCUUGUACGGUCAGGACUUCUGCGUUGCGCCCUCAGUAGUUCCCGCGUUCACGAAAAGAGGCGAUGUCAUUGUCGCUGAUGACCAAGUCAACGUUUCGUUGCAAAAUGCCCUGCAACUCAGCAGGUCUACCGUGUACUACUUUAAGCACAACGACAUGGACUCUCUCGAGGAACUGCUCAUCCAUUUGCAAGAACGCGAGCUCCAGGAGAAUUUGCCCGCGCUCCCUCGUAAGUUUAUCGUGACCGAGGGUCUGUUCCACCGUUUGGGGGACAUUGCGCCCUUACCGGACCUGGUGCGUCUCAAGAACAAGUACAGGUACCGUUUGUUUGUCGACGAAACCUUUUCCAUCGGUGUCUUGGGCGCAACGGGCCGCGGAGUUACGGAGCAUUUCAAUAUGGCGCGUUCCUCGAGCAUCGACAUUACAACGGGCUCGCUGGCGACCGCGAUGGGCUCAUCGGGGGGGUUCGUGCUGGGCGAUGAUAUCAUGUCCAAGCACCAGCGUAUCGGUUCUUUCGCAUACUGUUACUCUGCGUCCCUGCCCUCUUAUACGGUAGCGGCUGUGUCCAAGGUGAUAGAGUUACUCGAGAACGGGAACGACGCGGUCGCCAAACUGCACGCACUUUCCGACAAAUUACACGUUUUUUUCUCGCAAGACAAAGCGCUUUCCAAAUACAUUCAAGUCACGUCCGAUCCCGCAUCCUACAUUUUGCAUUUCAGACUCACUCCUGAGUUCCGUCUUCAGAAAUUCAACUCUUCCGAGGAACAAAUUUUCCAAGAACGUGCCAUUUUGCAGAAAAAGGGCAUUUCAGAGAAACAUGUUGAGGCCUACGAACUCGAGGACCGGUUUCUGCAGUGUAUUGUCGACACGGCGUUGCACGACAGUAACGUGUACAUUUGCAGAAGUACCUACAUCUACAAGCACGAAACUUUGCCCAUUGUGCCCAGUAUCAAGAUUUGCUGCAAUGCAACUAUGUCUGAAAAAGAGCUGCUCGAUGCUUGUAACGCUGUCAAGCAAGCCGUGUUAAAAAACUGUGUAUGA